GCAACAUAUAUUGCUUGGUAUUUUUCUAAAUCCCAUCAUAUAAAUCUAUGGUGUUAAAAUUCUAUAUCAAAAUUAAGACAAGUUCUUGAACUCGACGUCUUGAGGCAUAGAAUUCCACGAUAUAUCGUGUUAUUGAACAGACAACAUGGCACAUAAUUACGACCCUAUAAUUUCCUCUCCCCAACUGGAAAUGCACAGCCCUAUGCCACCCAUCCAACCCUCAUCACCCUCAUCACCCCCACCAACCUCGAGCAACUUUUCCCACACACCCAGCUCUGCAACCCUACUUCCCCAAGAGCAAAAUUACUCACAUUUCGAAAGUCAUUUUCAUAAACCCGAACAAUCUUAUACAACUGUUCCCUACAAACCCAAGACGGGAAAACAAUUUUGGCAUAUUUUACUUAAGAGUUUGGCACGAUGGUUAAUUACACUUAUCUUGUGUAUUGCUUAUUUAGUCGCCUUGCGAGUUUGGAAUCAAAAGGGUACGGUGACGGAAGCUUCAAAGAGGAUUUUUAAUGCUAUUACCACGGGUGUUAGUAUUGCGUUGGGUAUUAAUAUUGCCACUUCGUUGAAAGAUAUGGCGUUAAAUGCGCGUUGGCCAAUUUUGCAUGCGAGGAAGAGAAAUCUUUACGAAGUAGGUGGGAAAUCGCCAAUUUUGCAUUGGGGGAUUGCUAAUAGCAUAUUAGCUCGAUCUUACUUUACAUGCGGAUAGUUUGAUGGAUCUUGGUGAAUUAGCUUUUGUUUCGAAAAGACCUUUGGUUUUUGGUAUGGCUAUUUCGUGGCUUAUAUUUAAUCUCGUAAGUUAUGUCAAUAUAUUUUCCGAUUAUAAGAGUAAAUGAUAUUAACAAAAAGUAGUUUGUACAAGCAGCUAUUGCAGCCAUUAGUUUGACAUAUGGCUUCAAUACCAGCACCGAUAGUUACUUGUUCACACCCGGUAACCUGACGAUCCCGGACAUGGAGCACUUCUACCCACAAGGAAACAACACCAAACCCCAAACUGAAGAUGAAGAAUAUACCGCCCAUGCCUACGGUGGUUUAGCCUGGAAUCUCGGAAUAGGGGAGUCAAUCAUUGACCUACCCUCCCAAGGUGAACCUUACCAAGGACUAAACGGAAAUUAUAGUAUAUGGGAAGAUCAGCACAGCAACAAAAUGGUCUUCGUAUUCACCGAAUACUCCUCCAGCGCUUCCACUCAAAACACCGGUUCCUUAGGAAUCUACACAAACCGCACUCUCCCCAUGCACUACUCCUGUUCCUCGCACCGAGUAACGCAAAACGGCAACGGUGCAUCCGCAGCCAACAUAAGCGUGGAAGACAUCGGAUCCAUAUCCGUAAGUUCAUUCGUAGCAAACGGCACGACAUUUUUCACCGAUUAUCCUAAUCUCUGUCCUGAUAUCCCCCGCUGUUCAAUCAUCCAAGCCUUCGAGGCUUCUGAUACCGAUCCAUGGUAUUACACAUGCAAUAUCACGCUUGGAGAAACGCAGAAUGAUCCCAGAAAUAUCUCAUUUGUCAGCGAUGAUAUGGCAUAUAUAGCCGCCUCUGCGAUUGCCAAUACGGGAUACUCAUCCACAGACGAUUACCAACAAACUUUUUCCUAUCCGCAGAAAACUAUGUGGGGACUUCCUAUUCGCGGCAAUGUAUCAAGAAUGGGUAUACAAAUUGCUGCGUUCGGACUGAGUUCUAUAUCUGUCACUGCAGCUUUCAAUCCUUCGAAAUAUUACGAUGGAUUGGAACCACACACUGGAUUCGCACUGGCGAUAAAUCAUACGUAUUUUUUUCUCUUGAUUGUGUUUUUGAUACCCCUGGUGCAGUUUGUUAUGUGUUUUAUUGUGGCCGUGUGGAGUAAUAGAGUCGUGGUUCAGGAUAAUGCGUAUAUUGGGAUGAGUUUACUGUUGCGCCCCAUUGCGGAUGCGUUGUAUGGAGUUAGUGAGGGGAAGGAUAAUAAGGCGUUUAGGGAGGCGAAGAAGAAUGUUAUGGUUAGGUAUGAGAGGGGGGUUGAUGGGAGGUGGGGGUUUGCUAUGAGUUGAUGUUUUGUGUUAGUGAGGGAGGGUAUUUGGAAUGAGAUUGAUGGAAAUGAAAUUAUGAUUUAUUUAGCGGGGUUCUGAGAAGGCAAUAUAGCUACGAUCGAAGAUUUGGCAGUGAUUAUAUAUUUGUGUUAUCAUAAUAUUACUGCUUGAAAAGGGCAAACGCAU